CGCCUGCGCCGUGGACGCGCGCGCCUUCCUUCUCUGCCGCCGCGUGAUAACCCUCUCCUGCUGGCUGGGCUGGCGGUGUUGUGAGCGCGCGCGCGCGGUGAGGGCCAUAGAGACGCGGCAGGGAGGAGCGGGGCUAGAGCGUCGACGCAGAGCGAGGCAGCAGUGGCAGUGAGGCGAGGCAGAGUCCGCCAGGAAGCCAAGAAAGAGCCGCGCGGUGGGUGCGCUUCCUCCUCCUCCUCGCUCCCCGGACAAAGCCGCCGCGGCCGCCACCCUCCCUCGCCCCUCCCCGCCUCCCCCACUCACACUGCAGCUCGCCCCGCAACGCCGCCGCCGCCGUCGGGAGCCAUGUCGGCCAGCAGCCUCCUGGAGCAGAGACCCAAGGGCCAAGGCACCAAAGUGCAAAAUGGAUCUGUACAUCAGAAAGAUGGAUUAAAUGAUGAUGAUAUUGAACCUUACUUGAGUCCUCAGGCCAGACCGAACAACGCAUACACUGCAAUGUCUGACUCCUACAUGCCGAAUUAUUACAGUCCAUCCAUUGGAUUCUCCUACUCCCUGGGUGAAGCUGCGUGGUCUACUGGGGGUGAUCCACCCAUGCCCUACUUAACAUCAUAUGGACAGCUAAGCAACGGGGAGCCUCACUUUCUCCCGGAUAUGUUUGGACAGCCAGGGGCCCUUGGCAGCACACCUUUUCUUGGACAGCAUGGCUUUAACUUUUUCCCAAGUGGGAUUGAUUUUUCAGCUUGGGGCAAUAACAGUUCUCAGGGGCAGUCAACUCAAAGUUCUGGAUAUAGUAGCAACUACGCAUACGCACCAAGCUCAUUAGGUGGAGCCAUGAUAGACGGACAGUCUGCUUUUGCCAGUGAGACUCUGAAUAAGGCUCCUGGCAUGAAUACCAUAGACCAGGGGAUGGCCGCCUUGAAGCUGGGCAGCACCGAUGUAGCAAGCAAUGUCCCCAAAGUGGUUGGCUCUGCGGUUGGCAGUGGGUCCAUGGCCAGCAAUAUUGUGGCUUCUAACAGUUUGCCCCCUGCCACCAUCGCCCCUCCAAAACCAGCAUCCUGGGCUGAUAUUGCCAGCAAACCUGCAAAGCAGCAGCCCAAGCUGAAGACCAAGAAUGGCAUCGCAGCAGGUUCGAGUCUGCCGCCGCCACCAAUAAAACAUAAUAUGGAUAUUGGAACUUGGGAUAACAAAGGGCCAGUGGCAAAAACCCCUUCCCAGGCUUUAGUUCAGAAUAUUGGUCAGCCCCCAACCCAAAUGUCCCCUCAAUCAAUGGGUCAGCAGAUGAGCAACAGCCCUCCAGCACUGCAGCCUUCAGCAGGACAGCAGCCACAGCCCCUGCCACCUCCACCACCCCAACCAACUCAGCUUCCAGUGCAGCAACAGGCAGCUCAGCCUGCCCGCUGGGUUGCACCUCGUAACCGUGGCAAUGGGUUUGGUCAAAAUGGAGUUGAUGGUAGUGCAGUUGGACAGUCUCAGGCCACCUCUGGUUCUGCCCCUUCAGAGCCACACCCUGUCUUGGAGAAGUUGAGAUCUAUCAACAAUUAUAACCCUAAGGAUUUUGACUGGAACCCGAAACAUGGCCGGGUUUUCAUCAUCAAGAGUUAUUCUGAGGACGAUAUCCAUCGUUCCAUUAAAUAUAACAUCUGGUGCAGUACAGAGCAUGGUAAUAAGAGACUGGAUGCUGCUUACCGCUCCAUGAACGGAAAAGGCCCGGUUUAUUUACUGUUCAGUGUCAAUGGCAGUGGUCAUUUCUGUGGAGUUGCAGAAAUGAAAUCUGCUGUGGACUACAACACAUGUGCAGGCGUGUGGUCCCAGGACAAAUGGAAGGGACGCUUUGAUGUCAGGUGGAUUUUUGUGAAGGACGUUCCCAACAGCCAACUGCGGCACAUUCGCCUAGAGAACAAUGAGAAUAAACCAGUGACCAACUCCAGGGACACUCAAGAGGUGCCUCUGGAAAAGGCGAAGCAGGUGCUGAAAAUCAUUGCUACCUACAAGCACACCACUUCCAUCUUCGAUGACUUCUCACACUAUGAGAAACGCCAGGAGGAGGAGGAAAAUGUGAAAAAGGAACGUCAAGGCCGUGUCAAGUAAAACGCUGGGCCCUUCCACAGAGACUGCAGCAGCGUUGUAACCUGGAUAUCUUUCAAAAAGGAGGGAAAACUACACCGGAAAGAAUUAGGACUUAUUUCAUUGACUUCAUACAGACUCUUAUAUAAACUUACAGUUUAAAAAAAGUAUUGGAAUUUCACAAGAGACAUAGGACUUAAAAAAACAAAACAAAACAAAAAAACCCACAAAAAAAAAUCCCUUCUAGGUAGAGUAGAGGUGAAAACUGUCCCCUUUCUUUUGGCUUUGGUUGUGAUUUCAGAGCAUACGCUUUGUUUUUUGUCUUUUUACUAUGUUGAGCGGAUUUUAACGUCCGUAAGUGGCAUAUGCCUUUUGUUCUCUAAUUUUUAAACCUGCCGCUUCCCAAUUUUUCCUGGCCUUCUGAACCUCUCUUCCCCCUGAUUUUUUUGACAUUUGCACUUGGAACACCGAGUUGUGACUUUCUUUUGGACAUCCACCAUAGAAAGUGGACUAACUUUUUUUCCAUGGACUGGAAGAGGAAUUUUAUGAAGAAUUUGAGUUUUUUCCCCCUUUAUGCCUAGAAGAUUUGAAUGGAACUUGUCAACAAGGUCGUGUCUGAGGGGUGGUUCAUUUUCUCUAAUACGAAGAGUCCUAAGAAAUGUUCUGUUCUUGUGCAUUAUAUGGAUGACAGAUUAAGUCUGGCUUGAUUUGAUUUGAAGGCUGAGAACAGUGGUAAAAACUUGUUUGUUUACAGGAAAAUUAAUUUUGGAAGAAAAAUAUUGUAAACUGUGUAGUGAAUGUUUCUUCAGUUUUCUUGUUAAGCCAAUGAGGAAUGGGCAUUGCCUUUCUUUCACCAUUAAUCACUUCUCAAUAAUAAACGUGAGAUCCUGUUGAGCAUCA